AUGUUGGCGAUGUUUGUUCUAGCGGCCUUGGUGGCCUCGGUUGCUGCCGCCAAGGACAAGCGCACCUUUGCCGUACUCCAUCACUAUGGAAAUGGUCCUUUGACCACAUGCCGCCUCGAUCCCAUUGUUUCUCCUGGCGGUCCCUCAGCCCAUGUCCACACCGUCAUGGGUGCAAGCAACUUUGGUCCCAAUGUCACGGGCGAGUCCUUGAGACAGUCCAGCUGCACUACAGCUAAGCCUAAGGCCGACCUCAGCGCCUACUGGUUCCCAACUCUCUACUUCCGGGAUCCCGACACCGGCCUUCUUGAGCAGGUCAAAUUCUUCUACAUGAACGUCUACUACUUCUUUGAGCCCACAGACGACGACAUCAAGGCCUUCCCUCUUGGCUUGCAAAUUGUGAGCGGGAACGCCCAGCUGAGGUCAGCCCCCUCGAAAUCUGGCGCUGCGCAGCUGGACCCCUCCAAGGGUCCCGUGCAGCCGGUCCAGAUUACGUGCCCUCGCUCGGGUUUCAACCCGCCCAGCUGGCCCGCGAACUCUGAUGGCUCCAUGGCCGGUAUUCAAGAUCCGAACAACCAGGGCUCGGGCAUCGGAUUCCCUUUCCAGGACUGCGAUGGAUACGCUUCACCCAUGCGUGUCGACGUGCACUUCCCCUCGUGCUACGACCCUUCAGCCGGCUUGACUAACUAUAAGAACAACAUGCGGUUCCCCACGCCCGCUGCCGGCGGCAAGCAAAACUGCCCCCCUGGCUGGAUCCACGUGCCCCACUUGUUUUUCGAGACGUACUGGGACACGCACGCCCUGAAGCCUCGGUUCGAGAAGCUGAUUGGAAAGGCGAGUCCGUUUGUCUUUGCCAAUGGCGACACCACUGGCUUCUCGGCCCACGCCGACUUCAUCUCGGGCUGGGACGAGGAGGAGCUGCAGCACAUCAUCGACACCUGCGACGCUGGCCACGCCGGCCUCGAAAGCUGCCCUGGUCUGAAGUACGGCGUCAACGAUGGCAGCAGCUCUUGCAACAUUGAGUGCCCUGUCGACGAGCAGGUCGAUGGCAAGUUGGAGAAACUGCCCGGGAACAACCCCCUUGCCGGUUGGGGUCUUGGCGGCGGCGAUGUUGUCGCACCAGUGCCCUCUUCGCCGGUUGCCAGUCAGCCCCCUGUCGUCGAGACAAAGUCGACAUCAACCUCCAAGUCCGCUGCUGCCGUCGAGACGGAGUUGCCGUCUUCGAGUGCGGCCCCUGCACCAAGCUCGAACGUUGCGGCACCCGCUUCAAGUGAGAAGCCAAGCCCCUCUCACGCUGAAGGGGUCGCCACUGGCUCGCCCUCUCUUCAACCACAACCCACCGUCGUUCACGGCAAGACAAAGACGGUCUGGCAGACAGUUACUGCGUGGGCGACAGCGACCGUGUACGAGGGCGCUAGCGGCCCUGCCCCUACGCAGGUGAGCAAAGCCGGUGCCCAGAUUGCCGACUUCAAGUACGUCGGGUGCUACAAGGAUUCGAGCAGCCGGGUACUCAACGGCAAGGUCCUGCCCAACAUUGGGUCGGUCAGCAAUACUGCGUGCGUCAACUACUGCGCCUCCAAGGGCUUCAGCGUCGCCGCCACCGAGUACGGCGGCGAGUGCUUCUGCGGCAACAGCUUGACGACGGCCGAUAAGCUGGACGAGUCCAAGUGCAGCAUGGCGUGCAAGGGCCAGGCCAGCGAGACGUGCGGCGGCGACUGGGCCCUCUCGGUCUACACCAAGGGCGGCGCUGCCCCCUCCGUUUCCAAGCGAAGCGCGCACCAGCACAAUCACUACAUGCGCCAUGCGCGGAUACCCUCCCGCCACAGGAGAUAGAUGCUCUGCGGCUUUGGCGGCCAUCUAGUGGGCUCUUUCUUCCAUCCUUUUCGAUUUUGUAUACACAUUCUCGCUCCAUCUUGGCUGAGACGGAGCUUCUGUAUUUGCUCGCUAUAGUUUCAGGAUACCUUGGGGACAAACAGGUUAGAGGGAUUAGGCCAGGAGCAUUUCAUAUAUGGGGACCCCUUUCGCCGUGCAUCCAUCAUAUCCAUUCCACACGGCAGGGCACGGGUAGAAGACAGGCGCUAGAUCCAUUUGAUUGGCGGUGGGAAAACAGUUUCUGGGAUUCAUGACGACACGAACUUACAACAUUUUUGGACAGAAUCUGGUUGGUCUCACGGGCCGUCGCCGGCUCGGAGUGAACUUGGGUUCCGAGCACAUGUCCAUCAUCUUCACUUCUACACAUGUAUAUGAUUAUUUUUAUUCUUUUGGGGUACGCGGACACUCGCGCCCCUGGACCUUCGCCGCCGGUUUUGAGCGGCGGAGUGAUUUGGGAG